GACUUAGAAUAAUUUGGCAGAGAAGGCUGGUCAUGAAGAUCGCUACAAUCAGACAGUAUAUGAUUUUGCUUAUGGCUAGCAAUGUAGUCCAAAUCAUGUGCACCUCAUUAUAUGGAAAUGAGACAGAUCGACUCUCAUUGCUUGAGUUCAAGAAGGCAAUCAGUCUCGAUCCGCAGCAAGCGCUGAUGUCCUGGAAUGACAGCACUUACUUUUGCAGUUGGGAAGGUGUCCUGUGCAGGGUUAAAACUCCACAUCGUCCCAUUUCUCUAAACCUUACAAACCAAGGUUUAGUUGGGCAAAUAUCCCCUUCACUUGGAAACCUAACAUUCCUAAAAUUUCUGUUCCUAGACACAAAUUCAUUCACCGGAGAGAUCCCUCUGUCCCUUGGUCAUCUGCAUCACCUUCGAACCAUUUACUUGAGCAAUAACACAUUAGAAGGAGCGAUACCUGAUUUUACAAAUUGUUCUAGCCUCAAGGCCCUAUGGCUCAACGGCAAUCACCUAGUUGGACAAUUGAUUAAUAAUUUCCCCCCUAAGCUUCAAGUGCUGACUCUUGCAUCUAAUAAUUUUACUGGAACUAUCCCUUCUUCCUUUGCCAAUAUCACAGAACUUAGAAAUCUUAAUUUCGCGUCUAACAAUAUCAAGGGAAACAUCCCAAAUGAGUUUUCAAACUUCCUCAUGAUGGAGAUUCUUAUUUUGGGUGGCAAUAUGUUGACGGGUAGGUUUCCACAAGCCAUCUUAAAUAUUUCUACUCUCAUCGAUCUUUUUCUUAAUUUUAAUCAUCUAAGUGGAGAGGUACCAUCCAAUAUCCUUUACUCUCUUCCCAAUCUACAAGUACUUGCAUUGGACUUCAAUUUUCUUCAAGGGCAUAUCCCCAGCUCAUUGGUGAACGCCUCCAACCUACGUGAACUGGACAUAUCAAGUAAUAAUUUCACUGGGGUUGUACCAAGUUCCAUUGGCAAACUAAGCAAACUGUAUUGGCUAAGUCUUGAAGGCAAUCAGCUCCAAACACACAAAAAGGAAGAUUGGGAGUUUAUGAACAGCUUAGCCAACUGCACUAGGCUACAAAUUUUUUCGAUGGCUUAUAAUCGACUAGAAGGCCAUCUACCAAGUUCGUUAAGCAACUUUUCGACUCAUCUCCAACGACUUCAUUUAUACGGAAAUGAAAUAUCUGGGUUUCUCCCCUCUGGCAUUGAACACCUCUCAAACUUGAUUGAUUUAUCAUUAGGAACUAAUGACUUUACUGGUACCCUUCCAGAAUGGCUUGGAAAUCUUAAACAGUUGCAAAUGUUAGGUUUAUAUGAAAACUAUUUCAUAGGAUUUAUUCCAUCGUCCUUAUCAAAUCUAUCUCAACUGGUAUAUCUUGGACUACAUUUUAACAAGUUUGAUGGACACAUACCAAGCUUGGGAAACCUGCAAAUGCUUGAAGUAUUAAACAUUUCCAACAAUAAUCUUCAUUGUAUAAUACCAACUGAGAUUUUUAGUAUCAUGUCAAUAGUACAAAUCGACUUAUCUUUCAAUAACCUACACCGAAAAUUUUCUACUGACAUUGGCAAUGCGAAACAACUAAUAUCUUUAGAACUUUCAUCAAAUAAGCUAUCUGGAGAUAUACCCAAUGCUUUGGGUAAUUGUGAAAGCCUUGAAUAUAUCAUGUUAGGUAUAAACAGUUUUAGCGGUAGCAUACCCAUUUCAUUAGGUAACAUAAGUAACCUAAAAGUUCUCAACUUAUCUCACAAUAAUUUAACUUGGUCAAUACCAGCGUCUCUUAGCAAUCUACAAUAUCUUGAGCAACUUGAUCUGUCAUUCAACCAUCUUAACGGUGAGGUCCCAGUAGAAGGAAUAUUCAAGAAUGCAACAGCCUUCCAGAUGGAUGGAAAUCAGGGACUUUGUGGUGGGCUACCAGAGUUGCACCUACCUGCGUGUCCUACCGUGUUAUUGGUUACAUCUAAGAACAAGAACUCGGUUAUAUUGAAAUUAGUAAUCCCACUAGCCUGCAUGGUAUCGCUUGCUUUGGCCAUAUCAAUUUAUUUUAUUGGGAGGGGAAAACGGAAGAAAAAAUCCAUAUCAUUCCCAUCACUCGGUAGAAAGUUCCCCAAAGUUUCCUUCAAUGAUCUUUCAAAUGCAACAGAUAGAUUCUCUACAGCCAAUUUAAUUGGAAGAGGAAGGUUUGGUUCUGUAUACCAAGCAAAACUAUUUCAAGACAACAUUGUGGUUGCCGUGAAAGUUUUCAAUCUAGAAACAAGUGGAUCGCAGGAGAGCUUCAUUGCAGAAUGUAAUGCUUUAAGAAACUUGAGACAUCGCAAUCUAGUUCCUAUCUUCACACUAUGCGGUAGUAUUGAUGCUGAAGGCAAUGAUUUCAAGGCUUUAGUGUAUGAGUUGAUGCCACGAGGGGACUUGCAUAAAUUACUAUACUCAACCGGAGAUGACGGUGAUGCUUCAAAUCUGAACCACAUUACAUUAGCUCAGAGGAUAAGCAUAAUUGUGGAUUUAUCAAAUGCAUUGGAAUAUUUGCACCAUAACAACCAAGGAACUAUUAUUCAUUGUGACCUGAAGCCUAGCAAUAUCCUUCUAGAUGACAAUAUGAUUGCUCAUGUCGGAGAUUUUGGCCUUGUGAAGUUCAGGACCGAUUCCUCCACAUCUUUUGGUGAUUCCAACUCAAUUUUUUCCCUUGCAAUAAAGGGAACCAUUGGAUAUAUCGCUCCAGAAUGCGCUGAGGGAGAUCAAGUCUCAACUGCCUCUGAUGUUUAUAGCUUUGGAGUUGUUCUCUUGGAGUUGUUCAUAUGUAGGCGGCCAAUAGACGCUAUGUUUAAGGAUGGACUGAGCAUUGCAAAGUUUACAGAGAUCAACUUCUCUGACAGGAUACUUGAGAUCGUUGAUCCCCAGCUACAACAAGAGUUGGACCUCUGCCUAGAAGCUCCAGUGGAAGUAAAGGAGAAAGAUAUACACUGCAUGCUCUCUGUGUUAAAAAUUGGAAUUCAUUGCACCAAGCCAAUACCAAGUGAACGCAUUAGCAUGCGAGAGGCAGCCGCCAAGCUGCACAUAAUCAAAGAUGCCUAUCUCAGAGGGAACUGAAGAAGUUUUUCUGGUAGGAAUACGGAUAAGGCUUGUGUAUAUUUGUAUUAAGCUUGGGACUGAAGAAGCUAGCAGUGCUAUUAUACUUUGUUGUUUGUUUUCAUUUCUCUAUGAAUACAUUACAACAAAAAUUAUCAACGAGGGAUUUCCCAGCUGGUUGAGUAGAUCUCAACCAUUGUCUCACUAAGACAUUGUGUUCCCUUUCUCUUAGUUACACUGGAGAACAAAUAUUUAUA